GUUUGAACACGAUCGUUACCAGCUCUGCGAGCGAGAGAGCAGCUGCAUUAGGUGGCGAACAUAUCCAUUUAGUUUUUUCAAUCCCAGUCUCCUCCACGCUCUCAUCCCGCUUGCUUGCAGAGAGGGCGUUGACUAGGCUAGCUAGAGACCCUGUGAAGAUGAAAUGGCUGAAGUCGAUUCGUGUAUUUGUACAUGAAGAGAUCGGCACAGAAGGAGCCGAAAUUCUAGACGUCCAGAGCAAAAUCUUACAAUUCUUGCAUAACUCCCCGCUUCCAUUCGGUGGGGUUAUGAUUCUGGGUAGUGGUGAUCCUAACCAGCUGCCGCCUAUUAAGCAAAC